AUGAACUCCGUUAAGUUCACUACCGAACACAGCAGGGAUGUAUACCAGUACUACGUCAAGCUGAAGACGUACUUCGACAUCACCGGACUGGACUUGCAAGACAGGGCCAGCUCCGCCAGAGCGAAGAAAGCCCGAGCCAAACUGCUGAAACUGUCCUCGCUGCAAUUUUACGAGCUGAGCACAGACGUCACUGACGAGCUGCAGCGGCGGAUUAACGAGGACCAGAACAAACCGGAGUAUCUCUUGCCCAAAACGAGUUUCCACGUGAAAAGGAACCAGGCGCGGCAGAAACUGUCGAACUUGUCCCAGUUGCGGUUCAAUGACCUGGUAGACGAUAUUCUGUUUGAAAUACAGCGGCGCGAGUACCACUUGCCCUCCUCUGUGCAGAACGAUGAGGCGGACCAACGGGAAGAACAUUCCAACAAUGCCAACUUGCCCAGUGGUCAGAACGGUGCCACGGGAGUCGCAUACGAUAUAGAUAAUAUAAUGAGCCCGAAAGUGGGAGACCCAAGUUUCCUCGCACCUUCUACACCCACUGCAGCACACCCUCCAGUGAUUCUGGCAGGGAACCGCAAUUCGGACGAACCGGAGAGUCCAAGCUUUAAUUUGGACACACUCAAGGACAUCAACGACGAGAAACAUACAGCAGGUUUUAACGCUGGACCGGUUAUGGGAGACUCCACAGAGUCACCACAGCUUAAGAGCUCCCCAAUAAUACCAAGGAUUAACGUUUCUGAGUCAGACGCCGGUACGGAAACAGACACGGGGACGAUGGGGAGUCUGCCUCCAGCUACAAGCACCAUUCAACAAUCUGUUAUUAUACCACAAAAGGCCUCGAUAGACUGGUCUUCGUCCGAUGAGAGCGAUAAUGAAGCGGAUGCUCCUAAACACGGAGAGGUGAACAAGGGUGCUGUUUCGAAGGAAACAACGAAUUACGAACUACCAAGCGACGAUACUCGAAAAUCGGGGCAAAAAGAUUCACCUCCUCAAGAAACUGCAAGAGAUAUACCGUUGCCGGAUGCUACCGGGUUGACUUCCCAAAAGCUCUCAUCCAGUUCUCCUGAUGAUCAUCCUGUUGAGAUGACGCAGAAAAGUACAAGAGUUCCUGAUCUCGCCUUCGCAGACGAUUCUUCCCUCAAUAUACCAUACCAGGACAGCGGCUUUGUUGGCGAUGACGAUUCCCCACUGAAGGCAAAGACAGAAUCCAACUCGGCCUCGAAAACUAAAUUGAAAAGCCCCACAGACGCGGAUUUAGGACUUCAAUUGCAGGUCCCGGCACCACCACCCGUGGACACCGUCGAGAGGAAUGACGUCCCUGUAUCUUUAGCCAAGGACACAAAACUUUCGCAGCCAGGGCACGAUGAAAGCAUAAGUCAUCUGCAGAAAGAACUUUUGAAACUCAACACGCAGAUCGGGGACCUAUCGAUAGAAAACGAAAACUUGAAGCAGAAACUUUCGGAAUCCGAAUUCAAACUGAGGAUGAAGAAAAAUGGGAAAACUACCAAAAAUUAUGAAACUUUUUUCGAGGUUGAAACUUUGUUAAAUGAAAAGUCUGUUCAGAAACACAUCUCCAAAAAUGGUAUCAUUCCGAUUGACUUCGUCACGAAAUUGCAUAAUUUAAUCACAGAGCUAUUCGUAUCCCUGAACACCGGUCAUAAUAAUGAAGAGAACGAGAACAAGAAUAAGAACAAAAUCCCACAACACAAGGGAUUUGGCGAAUUUCUUUUCCGAUUGGUGGCACAGAUUUCAGGAUUGGUGUCGUCGAUUAUUGACUUGGUGAAAUUAAUAAAGGACUGUUCGGAUCUGUGUACUUUACUAAGAAGUUCCAUGUCGCAUGCGAUAAACGCCAUACGGUACUACUCACUGUACGAGAGUCUACUACCGAAGGUUAUUGUUUUCGCGUCCAUAUCAGAGGUUGCCUUUGCAGUAUGCCAGAUUAUACAGACCGCAAAAAUUACUUCUGUACCGGGACUGGAUCUUGUGCAAGAGAAAAACAAGCCGAGCCCAAAUGCUGCGAAAAGUAAAGUAGAAGCGGAGGUCCGGAAUAUUCCUGGAACACCUGUCUUAGUAGACAGAGAAGAACUCGCGUCCACAUUUUCCGAGCCAACGGCUCAGAGGGAACCCAAGCCCACAGAUUCACCAGUUAAGCCUCUGAGGAUCAUCGAAAAGGUAAUCAACAGUCCCGUUUUGAAACCCCAAGGACCCCGUAGCACGAUGAGGAAGCCGUCUGGAAGUGGUUUGGUUUCUUUAAUGUUAGACAACAAAAGGGUCAGUUCUCCAUCUUUGAAAGUGUCAUCAAAUCAAUCAUCUGAGAAAAACCUAUCCAAUCUUUCUGGACAAUCCAUUUCCGCGAAAGAUGACGUAGAAGCCCCUGUGAAGGACAAGAACGAAUUUGAUAAAAGUGGGGCAACUUCCCCAACGCUUUCUGACUUAAAUUUACUUAAGGAACCAUCCUCUUCUAUUGACAGUGUGACUGAACAAGAAAUGGGGAAAGCAAAAGAGACAAGUGCAGCAUCUGCUUCUGAAAACACACCCGCAGAAAAACCGGAAGACAGUAAUAGGCUAACUAAGGAAAGUCCCAAAAGUAACGUCACAGCACUGUCUUUAACUGAACCCUCAGGACCAGCGAAAAACGUUGCCGAUAAGCUAUUUGACAAGUUGAAUAGCAUUUCUCCAGACAGAGAAAUACGAUCAAACUUCUCCGACGACAGCGAUGACGAAAAGUUGGAUAUAUUGGCUCUGAAGAAAUCCAUGGGGCAGGAUUAUACCACGAAGGAAGAAUCUGGGCCAGUCGACUCUGUUCCAAAGAUGAAGCCAAUCAAAAUCAACAAAUUGGAGAGCAGUUCUUUGAGACGUGUUGAUGUUUCUAAUGGUGGCGGAGCAAAAGGUCUUGGGAUAACUAUGAAUAGCGAGACUAAAAAACAACCUACCAAAAGACAGGAUGAACCAAUCGUGAGGAAGCAAGAUGAAGCGGCUCCACAGGAAACGCCGACUGUACGUGUUGAAAGCAAGACAAACCCUGCCUCGCAUCCAAAUGGCCAGGAAAACCUCAACCUGUCUCCCGUGAUAAAACAGGAGAACGAAGAUGAUUUGAAUAUCAGUCAUCACUCCUCUGAGGCUAGUGACAACGACGAUAGCUACCAGUUUGCACCCUUAGAAAAGCGCGAAAAAGUGGAUGAACCGCGUACCUCGAUCAAAGAAGAGUCUCCGAAGAUCGGGCUAAUCGCGGGCAACGCGAACGACAAGGAAAAUAGCUCCGGUGAAGAAUACACGGAUGACACUGAUAGUGAAGAGGACGAGGAAGAGGUUGAUUUUGACGUAGAUGCCUUUGAUAUUGAAAAUCCGGAUAACACACUUUCUGAAUUGUUGCUAUAUUUAGAGCACCAGACUGUCGAGGUCAUUUCGACCAUCCAGUCGCUGCUAAGUUCCAUCAAGGAACCCAAGUCCACGAAAGGCAGUCUGCGGAAAGAGUCUAAUGCCAUAAACCAGGUGAUAGGCCAGAUGGCGGACGCUACGAGUGUUUCUAUGAAUCAGAGCAGAAAUGCGAACUUGAAGAAACACGGGGGCUGGGUUGUACAAAGUUUGGAGGAUUGUGCGCGGAGGAUGACAAUUCUGUGUCAACUUUCCAAAGACGGUGUAUUCCAAGAGGAAAGUAGUGAUAAUGAUUACGCUGACAAGAAUUUCAAGCAAAGAUUGGCCGGUAUUGCCUUUGAUGUUGCGAAGUGUACGAAGGAGUUGGUUAAAUCGGUAGAGGAGGCCAGUCUAAAGGAGGAGAUAGACUUUUUGAACUCUAAGUUGGAGUAA